AUGGCAGACCUUAAGAAUCCUGAAGAUUCCCUGGCGCAGGAGGUGAAUGCCAGUGAUGAAAAUACAUUGGUUCUUCAUCGCAGUUACUCACUAUUUGAGAACUUCUCAACUUCGUUCGCUGCCCUGUAUUCUGUCGGUGGUGUCCGAGUGACAUUUAAAACAGGUAUCGCAGCUGGAGUACCAUUAGCUUAUUGGACGACUUAUAUUGUAACCUGUGUGUUUACAUUCAUCACAGCAGCUGUUAUUGCAGAGGCGUGCUCGGCUUCUCCAUCUGCUGGUUCAAUUUAUCUAUGGGCUGCGGAAGCAGGUGGUAAAAGGUUUGGGCGACUAUUUGGCUUCAUUGUGGCCUGGUGGAGCACAACAGCCUGGACAACAUUCUGUGCCAGCAAUACCCAGUCAGCUGUAAACUACAUGCUUUCGGAAAUGACUGUCUUUGAUAUCAACUUUCCUACCGAUGUCUCAAAUAUCAAGUUCCAUGCUGUGCAAUGGAUAUGCACCGAGGUUCUCUUGGCUUUAGCCGCAUUAAUGAACCUCGCAUCUGGUACGCUCAAAUAUGUCUUUUGGUUCUCGACCGGUGCUGUCUUUCUGGACUUCAUAUUGAACGUCGUUUGGCUUCCAAUCGGUGCGCACAAUACCUUCGGCAUGCGGACCGCCAGUGAAGCAUUCCUGACUACAUAUAACGGAACGGGAGCCCCGGCCGCUGGUAUUCUGAUCGGAUUUGAUGCCUCGGGUCAUGUCGCCGAAGAGACUAAGAAUGCCGCUGUCAAUGCCGCAAAGGGUAUCUUCUGGAGUAUAGCUGUCAGUGGAGUUCUUGGCUUCUCUGCCGUGAUCUUAUUCUUUUUGAACUUCUCUUCUAUGGGAAAGAAACUAACAAUUUGGCAGCCGCCAAUCGACGUCCUCUUCUCAUAUAACGCACCCCAACCUUUUGUGCCCUUGUAUAUCGCACUUCUGGACGAGGGUGGACAUAUUGUUAUGAAUGUGCUCUCGGUUGUAGCUCUAUGGCUGAAUACCGCCAUUGCCAUCACAGCAGCCUCCCGUCUGGUUUUCGCCGUCGCCCGUGAUGGAGUACUUCCAUUAUCUGGAUGGGUAUCACGGGUCUCUGCGGAGGGUCAGCCUAGGAACGCAGUCCUUGUUGUAUGGGGCGUCGCCGCAGUUAUUACCUGCACUAUCCUGCCGUCCGCGGUGGCAUUUACUUCUCUGGUCUCAGCUGCGGGUGUUCCUUCAGCUGCUGCCUACGGACUCAUUGGUCUUGGAAGGUUGACUUUAACCUCCAGUGAAAAGCUUGAGGCAAAAUGGUCUCUCGGGCGACUAAGCAGGUCAUUCCAGUUCAUCUCGGUUUUGUGGAAUGGCUGGGUUGCCGCGGUCCUCUUCUCACCAUAUUUAUUUCCCGUUGAAGCCUCCACUCUAAAUUAUGCGCCAAUUAUCCUGGGUAUUGCCACUAUCUUCGCGCUCAUCUCGUGGUUCUUCACUCCGGCUCCAGCGUGGGUACCGCGGGGCCGGCUUUCUCGUCCAGUUGAGGAUACGGAAUGA